CGAAUAUAUCCCGACCUACGGUACAUCGAUUUGAAUGGAUCACGUGACCUGUUUCCAAUCCCGGUUACGUAGUCUAUAAUAUCUAUGCUUUUGCAAAAAAAGAGUGAAGACGCAUAAAACUAUGGCGCAGAUCUUUGAAGAUGUUUGUAGUAAAGUGCUUUGUAUUGAGGAUCUUAAUUUCGUGUAUGAUAAAGUCAAACUCCGCAUUGCUGCACGUUGGAAGGAUUUUGCUAACUCGCUGUACAUAAGACCAGCUACUAUUGAUAUCAUUGAAGCUAAUUGCGGUAGUAGUUGUGAGUCAUGUCUGCGCAAGGUUUUGGAGCACUGGUUAAAGAAGGAUUACAAUUAUGAGUUCUUUGGCUCUCCAUGUUGGAGGAGAGUAUGUGUAGCUGUUAAAGGAGGAGGAGGUGAUCCAGCAUUAGCUGAAGACAUAGCCCGUGAACAUCCUCUAUCAGCAUCUAUUGGGGGAGAAAGCACAAAAGGUAAAUUUUAUGGAGAAAUAAUGAUGUGUAAUUAAUUAUUAUUUAUUUAU